AUGUCUUCUCAGUNUUUUUUUUUUUUUUUUUUCAUCUUCUUCUUCCAAGGUUCUCCCUUUACUUCUGUUCCUUUGCCCUCUUUCUCUACUUUUGAUCAUAAGUAUUGUGUUUUCGGGUGCUUCGUUUAUCAAGCGGAGCUGAGUAAACUAAGAAUAGGAACAGGAACAGGAAUAGGAGGGGGACGAGAGCAUGUCGAGUGAAAGAGGCAAAGAGUAUGGAGAAGGAUCGUCGAGCUCGCCACCGACAACAACAACAACCCCGAGUCGCUACGAAUCACAAAAGCGGCGAGAUUGGAACACGUUUGGGCAAUACUUGAAGAAUCAAAGACCACCAGUGGCACUAGCACAGUGCAACUUCAACCAUGUGUUGGAGUUCCUAAGAUAUUUGGACCAAUUUGGGAAGACAAAGGUUCAUGUCCAAGGUUGUAUGUUCUAUGGACAGCCAGAGCCACCAGCGCCAUGCACCUGCCCACUCAAGCAAGCAUGGGGCAGCCUUGAUGCGCUGAUAGGGCGGUUGAGAGCUGCUUAUGAAGAACAUGGUGGCUCCCCUGAGACCAACCCUUUUGCAAGUGCUUCAAUAAGGGUUUAUCUAAGAGAAGUAAGGGAGUGUCAAGCCAAAGCAAGAGGGAUUCCUUAUAAAAAGAAGAAGAAAAGCAGCAAGGCAAGCAAUACCAAUACAAAUCAUGAUGAUUCAACUACUAAUACUUGUUCUUCUUCUUCUUCUUCUGGGAUGAUGCACUUUUCAACUCCUUAGCUCUUCCACUUCUAACAAAAUCCCAUCAUCACAUCAAAAUUAUGGAGCAAAGCUUGGAAGUAAGAGAAUCAAAGAGAAGAGAAAGAAGUGUGUUGAAAAGCAUAAAUGUGUUGAAGGCUGAAGCUUAGACGUUGCUUUACCUUGGCCUUAUGUCUACAAUAUAUAUCAAAUUGGGAGAACUAUAUAUUAAGUUUGUGUAUACGAUUAUAUGCAUGCCCUUAUAUUACAUUUGUUGCAUCUUCUCUUUCCCGUGUAAGAUUUUAUUAUGUAUUUCAUGAAUUUUUAUGCAAACUAUUGGCUAUUUUCUCUCUCGA